CGCCGCGCGGAAGUGGGUGGAGCUAAGAGGGAAAACAAGCGCUCUUUUCCGGGGUAGGGGCACGGUUGAAGCAUCCACGAAGGAGCUAGGAGUCGUUUGUGAGGAAACAUGUCCCGCCCGUGAAGCCAGAGACGGAGAAAUACCCCGUCCGUGGCCACGAGACAAGCAGCCCAGCGCCAAUGCCGCAGAGGGUCAAGGCAGUUGACAGCUAAGAAUAGAUGGGGCAUGUGUCCACGAGGAGGUAACUCCUCCCACACCUCCUAAGGUGCACCCCUGCCAGCAGGACACCCACUUCUGUGAGCAAACUCCGGGUCUUUUUCAAGGAUGACGCGGCACGGCAAGAACUGCACGGCGGGGGCUGUCUACACCUACCACGAGAAGAAGAAGGACACAGCGGCCUCAGGCUAUGGGACCCAGAACAUUCGACUGAGCCGGGAUGCCGUCAAGGACUUCGACUGCUGCUGCCUCUCUCUGCAGCCCUGCCAUGACCCCGUCGUCACCCCCGACGGCUACCUGUAUGAGCGCGAGGCGAUCCUGGAGUACAUUUUGCACCAGAAGAAGGAGAUCGCCCGGCAGCUGAAGGCCUACGAGAAGCAGCGGGGCGCCCGGCGGGAGGAGCGGAAGGAGCUGCAGCGGGCAGCGGCGCAGGACCAGGUGCGGGGCUUCCUGGAGAAGGAGGCGGCCAUCGUGAGCCGGCCCCUCAACCCCUUCACGCCCAAGGCUGCCUCGGGAACCGGCCCAGAUGAUGCCCAAGCGGGUCCCAGCGCCGCUGGCCCCGCGGGCAAGGACAAAGACAAGGACAAGGACAAGGACAAAAUGCUGCCCAGCUUCUGGAUCCCGUCGCUGACCCCCGAGGCCAAAGCCACCAAGCUGGAGAAGCCGUCGCGCACCGUGACCUGCCCCAUGUCCGGGAAGCCUCUGCGCAUGUCCGACCUGACGCCGGUGCGGUUCACGCCUCUGGACAGCUCCGUGGACCGCGUGGGGCUCAUCACGCGCAGUGAGCGCUACGUGUGCGCCGUGACCCGGGACAGUCUGAGCAAUGCCACGCCGUGCGCCGUGCUGCGGCCCUCGGGGGCCGUGGUCACCCUGGAGUGUGUGGAGAAGCUGAUCCGGAAGGACAUGGUGGACCCUGUGAACGGGGAGAAGCUCACAGACCGCGACAUCAUCGUGCUGCAGCGGGGCGGCACGGGCUUCGCGGGCUCCGGAGUGAAGCUGCAGGCAGAGAAGUCGCGGCCCGUGAUGCAGGCCUGAGCGCGGGAAACCAAAUAAAGGACUUGGAAGCGA